GUCUUGGUUGGAGGCAGCUUCGGCCUGCAAUGCUUCAAUGCGGCAGGUCUGAAAUUGUGGGAUUUGCCUGCUGUGCAAGAGGUGAAGGCGCUCUCACCUGUUCGCGGUGGCCGCGUGGCUGCACUCACUGAGAACGGCACUGUGGCGGUGGUGGGACACAGCGGCUCUCUUCUGGCACAUCGUCGCUUCGGGUAUGAUUACGUGACCUCGGUGGAGCUCUUCAGCGAUGGCCGCGUGGUGCUUGGUGCUUUCACGAACAAUUGGGCCAGUAACCCUGUGCAGAUUGCACGCGUAGAGAUCUACAGCUGGGACCUACAGACACGUCAGGCUCAGACUUGGGGACAGUUCACAGCCUCAGAGUUGGAUGCUGCGCGCAACAUGGCCGACACCCGCAUCUACAGCCUGGCUAUCUCAGAGGACGAAGCUUACGUCUACGCAGCCGGAGAGUCUGCAGGUGGAAAUACGAUUUUUCGCUACAAUGGCCUGGAUCUCGUGACAAAGACAGCACGGGACACAGGGACGCCCAUGUGGAUGGCCAAGUCGGCGGCGCAUAUCGGCUACGUCGCCCGCAUUCGGAGCAGUGACGGCGAGGUCGAGAGUGGGACAUUUGUCGCGCCAAUCCUGCAAUCGAAGGGUCGCUUGAACACGUUCCGAACGCGCGAUGGUGGUCUCGUGCAUGACGCCCAAAAUGGUGCCGUAUAUCUCACUGGCACGUCCACCUGCUGCUUGGCGGAUAGGGAGACAAUGACCUUCGCGGGACAGAGUGUGGGAGGCUAUGCCGGCAGCGAUACCAGCCUCAUUGUCUUCACAGAAGGACUUGACAAGCGCCUGCUUUGGACGACCUUCGGUGCCGAAAGCAACAAGGGCAAACCAGCAGCGUUGACGCUGAGCGAAGGUCAGCUGGCAAUUGGAGCAGUGAUGCACGGUGGCACAGCCAUCACUACUGAGAAUGCGGUGCAGAGUACACCACCAGAUCUCCAUCCUUGUGGUACCAGCGCCAAGCCAAACAAGGAUGCUUGGGUGGCAGUUGUGCCCACACGUGACUUACAGUCGGCACCAUGA